AUGGCACAAGAGCAAAGAGAACGUGAAGUGAUCACGGAACUCCUGGAACUGUAUAGAGACUUGCCUUGUCUUUGGGACUUAACAUGUGAAACAUACAAAGAUUCUACUCAGAAAAAAAAUGCGUGGGAUAUUUUAGCCACAAAAUUGAAAGAAAUUGACACAUCGGCCAACGCCACGUCUGCAAAAAAAAAAGAGAAAAUCUUAGAAUUUCUUAUAUACGGGAAUCCAAGAAGUUUACCGACUCACUUUAUUUUUUACGCUUUUCAGGUCAAAGAAUCAAAAAACCGCACUGGAUCGUCCACCAGUGACGUUCAUAAGCCCAGUUUAUGGUAUUACGAGUUAUUGACAUUCUUGGAGAAAAAAAAUGAUGUGAAAAGAAAGGGAAUCGAUUCACUCAUGGGUGACGAGGAAGACGAACAACAGAUAGGCCGGACGAAUCAAAAAAGCUGA